CUCUUCUCCUGCUACUUAACCUAUUUCCUUCAAACCAAAAAAAAAACUGAAAAGGAACAAACUUUUCUUCUUCCCUGGUUCUCUCAUCCCAUCUCAACAUGUCCUCCCAUACCAAUCUCCACUCGCCUAAACCGGAUCACCGUAUCUCCGGUACAUCCCAUACCAAAAAAUCACCGUCUUCCUCCAGCUCUCAAGACCAACAAACCCUAAAGUGCCCUCGCUGUAACUCCUCAAACACAAAGUUUUGUUACUACAACAACUACAACCUCUCUCAACCUCGUCAUUUCUGCAAAUCUUGCCGCCGUUACUGGACACGUGGCGGUGCCUUAAGAAACGUCCCCAUCGGUGGCGGUUGUCGGAAAACCAAAAAAUCAUUCAAACCUAACACAUCAACUCCUUCAUGUCAGAGAUUUUACUCUUCAGUCAUGGAAGAUUCCUCCAAGUUUUUCCCUCCUCCAACAACAAUGGGUUUUCAACUUAUGAAUAAUCAAGAAGUUCUUGGCCUUAGGUCCAUGGAGCAGGCCAAAACAACACCCGUUGAUGUCAGGUCGGGAUUAUCGUUAAUGGGUUUCGGAGACUACAACAACCAUUCUCCGGCGACUUUCACAACCGCAGGAACCCUAGCUACUUCUAUAGAAACUUUGAGUUGUUUAAACCAAGAUUUACACUGGAGGCUUCAGCAACAGAGGAUGGCUAUGCUUUUAGGUAACUCUACAGAAGAGAACGUUGUUGUUGAGAGGCCACAGCCGGUUCUUUACCGGAAUCUAGAGAUUGUGAAUUCGUUGCCGACGAAGAAAGGAGAGAAUCAGACAGAGUGGUCUUUUAGUUAUAAUAAUGAUAACGAAGAGGUGAUCAAUAACAAUGAUACAAAUAACACAGGAGGAAGUGAUCAACGGAAUGGAGUUCAAGCUUGGACUGAUCUUAAUCUUUGCCAUGAUUCUUGGUAAGUUAAAGAAACAAUAUUUUGUGUUAAAAAAAUGAUCAAUAUUAAAAUUAUGUGUGCUUGCGAUGUAAUGCCAAAAUGUUUUUAUGUUCGUAAUCUUUUGCUGUUGGUUACUAUUUUAGUAUUUUAAGUUCAAUUUGUAACAAAAUUGGGGGUGAAGAUUCAAGAUUGGAGAGAGAUACUACAAUAUAUUCUCUAGGCUUGUGUGUUUGUCUGUUUAUUAAUUAUUUCAAUGGGAAA